GAGGGGGGAGAGAGGAGUGACUACUGAUGCUCCAGUAAUCUGCACGGGGUGAGUCAGUGCUGUGGAGAGCAAAGCAAUGGUAGAAACAGCAGCAGCGUGAGACACGUUUCCCCCUCACGAGCGCGUCAACAGCGCAGAAGGGCAGGAUGGGAAAGCUGAGCGGUUGAGCAAGAGGAGGAAGUUAGCAAGUCAGAAAGCAAGAACGCGAGAGAGGAAAGAAGAACGGGUCGACGGGUUCUCUGUGAGAGUCUGCUUUUUGAAGUAUAGCAAGGGACUGUGGGAGCCCAUUGAAUCUGUCGGACAGCAGUGGCAGAGGACGAGGACGUGUGCUAUUUCAUCUUGGAGGUGGCAGCAGCUUAACGACUCAACGUGCUGCAGGGAUGUCCUGGUUGUCUCCGGUCCAGUGGGCCAAAUGGACUUGGUCAGCAGUGACUGGGGCUGCUGGGGACGAGGGGCAGCCCAGAUCCAAGGAUGACGGAGAGGACAAUUCAGACUCGGAGGGGACCUUUGAGACUCCUGAGGCCGAGUCUCCAGGUGUUGUGAAGCUACUCAGCCAACUGGACAACUCCAGCCACACAGUUCUUCCUGAUGGUACAAACCACUUUCUGGACAAGAACUCCAACCAGGAUGUCGGCCCAGUUUCAUCCCAAGAGGUUGAUUCCCUUAACAACCUUACCGGAUCCUCACCUAACGACUGCAGCUUUAGUUUGGGCCAGAACCUCAACCUGACACUCAGCAGCAAUCCCAGUCCUGGAGGGGGCCUCUCACCAUCCAGCCCUGUGCCCCAGCCUCAGGCCCUCCGGCCCCCAUCAUUGUCCUUCCUUUCCCCGCUAAACAAACCAGAUCCUUCCGAGGUGGACGACCAGGCUCCGGUGACGUCUGACUCCAGCCCAGACUCAAACUCCAUCUCCAGUCAUGACAUUUGUGUGGAUCCCGACUUGCUUAAUGGCAACAUCAACUCCAAUACGCAAAACACAAAACUUGCCUGUGAGACCAACGGCACAAUUAUCACGAACUCCUGUAAAGUGAAGCAGACCCAACCGAUGGGAAAGGACUUCAGCGGACAUGUGAGAACUGAUAAUGAUGACCAUCAUGGAGACCACGCCACAGACGAGGAGAAGUUGGCGAGCAGUGCCAGUGUUAAACCAGACAAGGACCAAAGCGACUGCCAUGUGACAUCAAAACCUGAGGACUCAGACUACUGCUCAGUGUUUGAAGACCCAUGCAAAUUGAAGAACAAGCCAGAGGGAAGUGAAAUGCAGAAAACAGGAAGUCAGGUCCUGGAUUCCAUCUGCAUCAGUGAGGCAGAAAAAAAGGCCGUUCUCACCCUCAUUAGAGAGGAGAUCAUCACCAAAGAGGCAGCAGCCAACGAUUGGAAGAAUAAGUACGAGGACAGCAGACAAGAAGUCAGCGAGAUGAGGAAGAUUGUUGCAGAAUAUGAGAAGACAAUCGCUCAGAUGAUCGAGGAUGUGCAUCGCAACAACCAGAGUUCCCAGAAGGCUUUGCACACUGUGGCAACGGAGAAGGAAACCGCUCUGGCAGACCUGAACUCUGUGGAACGCUCUCUUUCUGACGUGUUUCGGCGUUAUGAAACUAUGAAGAGCACCCUGGAGGGCUUCAAGAAAAACGAGGAGGUGCUGAAGAAGUGUGCUCAGGAGUAUCUGGCCAGAGUCAAGCAGGAGGAGCAGAGAUACCAGACACUUAAACUCCAUGCUGAGGAGAAACUAGACAAGGCCAAUGAGGAGAUUGCUCAGGUGCGUGCAAAGGCGAGCUCCGAGAACAUGGCGAUGGCCGCCAGUUUGAGGAAGGAACAGAUGAAGAACGAGUCUCUGGAACAAGCUCUGCAGCAAAAGAAUCAAGAGAUGGAGGAACUCACUAAGAUCUGUGAUGAGCUGAUUGCCAAGAUGGGAACAGACUGAGAGACAAGUCCCUGUGAUCCCUCCGGUCCUGCCUAGCAGCAACGCCCUGUGCAUGCCCCCAGCCAUCUGCCAGCCCUGCAUCACAGAGACUGCUUAUAUACAGAUGUCUAAAGUAACUUAAUGUAUACUACAAGUGCACUACUUGUGAUCUGAAUCAAGAAGGUUCUCUACAUGUUAAUACUUGUUCUAGUUGGGACUCUGUAAUGUGUAUGUGGUCACAUUGUUUUGUUUGCAUUUCUGCCCAUUAUGAGGCCAUCUGGACCUCUUGUGCUUUCGAUCCAACAUGCUAGUGAGCAACACACUUCUUGUGACUCAACAUAAAUUCCCAGCAGCUUAAUGGCUACAUUUCUAGCAACUCCUGGGAUGACAUCAUGCAGGCGGGGUUGUUUAAGAGUUACAUUUAGGCAUACUCGCUUUGACAAGGAUUGUUUGGUAUUGAAGCAACAAUCCAUGAAAUGUAUUUUUCUAUAAAGUAAACAAGGAUUUUACUCUGAAAGUGCAAAGCUCAGGGGUAUUGUGUGGGGCAGAAUGAGUUCAGGGUCAAAGUCAGGCUGCACAAGAAAUGUAGGAGAAGAUUAAGGAUCAUUUGAGGAAAUACAGUGGAUCCCAGAGGCCUUGGUUUGUUCAGGAGAGGCAUUGAAACAAGACUGAGUGUGCACCACAUGUCAGUAAAACUAAAGCUGAAAAUAAUUUAAAGCAUUUGCUUUACUUGGAUUCGGGACAAUUCAAGUAGCUGCAGAAGGUUUAUCAGUCACAAGUAUAAUAAUUGGACAAUCAUAGCCGUUACUGUAAUUAUAUAAACUGUAUGGCAUUGUCUUGUCUGAAGUCAGUAGAGACAAAACUUGAUGUUAUAGAGAAAAGAUCAAUUGAUUCCAUCAUCACUGUAUGUCAACUAUAAUUUGUCAAGGAUCCUGAACAAAUGAAAAACAUUAAAGCUUAUUUUGGUUUAAAGAUAUUUUAGUCUAUGAUAAGGAAAGCUAGCACUGCAAUAUGUCAACUAUUAUGUUCUUCUUAAACCAUCACUGUGUCACAGAGCGAGUGUCCACUAAUCACAUUUACCUCCAACCAAGAAGGAAACUAAGUGUUAAAUAGCUUUGUCAGAGGUUUUUAUCUGUUGCUUAUGUGUAAUGAAAAUGUGACCUCGUGCCUGUAUUUACAGCACUGCACUAAUUAUUCAGUUUCUUUGCAUGGCUAUCUUCAUAGCUUUGUAUUUCUCAGAAUGCAGAUUGUUUUCUUAACACACCAGUCAAACUAGUUGUGUAGUUACGACUUAGGAGGCAGUUAUUUAAUAACUGGGUGUCAGUGAAAACAUUAUAGCGUAUGGUUGAAAUGAGAAAACAACCUUUUCAAUACUGGCCUUUUUCUCCAGAAAAAAAAUGAUGUCCAUUUAACUAAAUGAGCCAAAAGUGUCCAAAAUCAGUUUUUAUUGAAGGCUUAACACAAACCACUAUUUACUACUAUAAGUAUAAAAUAUGCAAAUCCAUCAUUUAAAUCAGGCAAUAUUUGUGUCAAAGAAACUGAAACAAGACUACAAAUGAACACUGAGUCCUAUGGAGUCAGUCACAAUUGAAAAGAUACCCAGACCCAUUUAUGACACAAACCCACUUUAUAUUUGAGUCUUUUUAAUUUCACGUUACCUCUCGUAUCUCAGCUGGUUUGUCUGUGCUUUACAAAAUAUUGUUUUGUCACUUUAGCUCCUUUCUAUAAAUAUUGUUUGUAAAUUAGAAAUGAGGAUCUCCCACUUGUGUUGACACUUUGAAGACUAACAACGUGAGUGUGUGUACAUUUGCCUGAAUACAAAUAAAUAUAAUUUGUUCUACUA